UUCGCGGUCCCCUUGAGGGGACAGAUGGAGAGAAGCAGCGGGGCCAGCGGAAUGAGGAGCACGUAAACAAGGUUUUUGGGCCGAGCAGAGGAAUCUCCACGGUAGAUUAGCCAUGAUCAGGCCCUUUGUUACGCUGCUCUACUUCCUGCUGACCAGCUCGUCCAUCGUCUUCACGGCAUGCGUCAACAAUGUCACAGGCACCAGCUCUCCGGGACCCGGUCCGAGCACAUCGCUGACCAGCGGACACAUUCAUCGAACGGCGGCUGCCAUCGAGCGGGUGAACCUCCUCUGGUGCUACGCCUGCCACACGAUGGACGAUGGCGAGGCCUGCGUGGACGUGGCGGUGAAGAAUGACACCGCGAUGAUGAAGAAGUGCCACGGCGAGGAGUUCAUCUGCAUGGUCAAGCGCUUCUCGUACACCACCAGCACGGAGAACUCGACCAGUUCGCCGAAGAUGUGGUCCCUGGACCGCCGUUGUGCGGCUAACUGUGAGCCUGGCUGCAUCAUCAUCGGUGAGCGGACCAAGCUCUAUGCCUGCACCUCCUGCUGCGAGGAGUCCUUCUGCAACACGGGUCGCGGAGCAGCCUCGGGGAUCUUUCAUCGCGAAGAUACGGGCAUUGGCACACGCCUGUUCUGGCUGGCCGCUCCCUUUCUGGUCAACAUGUCAUUGGUGUUGUACAAGCGCCACGCCGGCCACGUUAUCCUCAAGCUGCAAUAGUCUUGCGGUUACCUCACUGAAUUUAUAAUGGAUCUCUAGGUUCCGCCAAAGAUGCUCAAAUCCACUCAAUGCCAAAUCCUAGCUAAUUUUAGAUCUAUAUCCUGUGUGUAAUGUAGAUAGACUAUGAUGUUGCCGUGUGAUAAUAAAGGAUGACCAGUCAUAGUGCUCGAUCUCACACCCGAAAA